GCGGUGCUCAGCAGCUCCAGAGACUCCGGCUCUCCCGGCGGAGAAAAUGUACGAGCUGGAGAAACAGAACCUGCGGAUCUUUAGUAAAUAUAUCGUCCAGGUUUUACGACCGUCUUACAUCAAAGUGUUCCUGAGCGAGUACCUGGAUGAAGAGUCUGUGGAGCGAAUCCUCUCUGAGGAGAAGGCGUCGGUGACGUCUGCAGCUCAGAUGCUGCUGGACAAGAUGUUUCAGCUGGAGGCAGAGGGCUGGUUCCAAGCCUUUCUGGACACGCUGCUGGCCUCGGAGUACACAGGUCUGCAUGCCGCAGUCAGUGAUUGGAAUUUUGCUGAGCUGGAAGACCUGCAGGAUUGUAGGACGCUGCUGGACCGCGUUGAGCCGUCCAUCACCAAAAACAUGAAGCCCCGAGAGCUGCUCUCCCACCUGAGCGACUGCCUCACACACAGAGAGCGUGAGGAGAUCAGAGCGGUGGAGGAUCAGUGUGGAUGUGUGGCAGCGAGUGAGCGACUGGUGAAGAGUCUGAGACGCUGUGAUAAACAGUGGUUCAAAAUGCUGAAGACUGCUCUCUAUAACUGCAGCCAGAAACUCGCUCUACAGCUGCUGGAGCCUGAUGAGAGUGAGGAGAUGUGUGUGUCAGAAGAGUGUGAGGAGAACAUGGACACCAUGUCGACCGUGCGUUUUGAGUUUACAGAGGAUGGAGAGAGUAAUGAAGGCCUGCUGAAGAGCAUUAACGAGAUCAGUUCCUCUGACCAGCCCAGUGAAGGAGCAGGUAUCACAGCUGGUCUGGGGAGGUCAGCGGAAAAGAAGCUGAGAGAAUAUCAGAAAGAACUGGCCGAGGCCGCCUUCAGCGGACAGAACACCAUCAUCUGCGCUCCUACUGGUUGUGGAAAGACUAUCGUUGCCUUGGCAAUCUGUGAACAUCACCUCAAAAAGUUUCCUGGAAAGGCAAAGGUGGUGUUUAUGGCAACCAAGGUGGAAGUUUACGCACAGCAGUACAAACUCUUUAUAGAUCACUUCAGCAAAGACCCUGAUGUCAGAGUGACUGGUGUGUGUGGGGAUACAGAUGUAGGGGUGUGUCUGCGCUCUGUGGUGGACCGUAACGAGGUGGUAGUGCUGACCCCUCAGAUCCUGGUGAACGCUCUGCAGAAUAAAGACCUGCCGUCUCUGGAUGUCUUCACUCUGCUGCUGCUGGACGAGUGUCACAAUACCACGGGAAAACACCCCUACAACAACAUCAUGAGCCGCUACCUGGAUACCAAACUCACCAGCAGCGCACACACACUGCCACAGGUGGUGGGUUUUACAGCAUCAGUAGGUGUCGGAAGUUUUAAGAACCAGCAGGAGGCAGAGAUGAACAUUUGCCACCUGUGUGCCAACCUGGACACCAGAGUUAUCGCCACCGUUACCAAGAACAUAGAUGAGCUCAGAUCAUAUGUACACAUACCUGAGAAAGAAUUUUUUGAGGUACCUGCAUCCCCCAUCUCGGACCCCUUCAUCAGGAUCAUCAGAAACAUCAUGUGUAACAUUGAACAGCUGGCCAAGAAGAUCUAUGACAUAGAUUCUCUCUCACCCAUUCUGAAUCGUGAUUAUGGCAGUCAGAAGUAUGAGCAGUGGAUUGUGGACGUUCAGAAGCGCUGUAAGCUACUGCGGCUGACUGACCCUGAGCAGGAGAGAAGAGUCUGCAGGGCUUUAUUCAACUACACUGAGCACCUGCGAAAAUAUAACGACGCUCUGAUCAUUAACGAGGACGCUCGGACCAAAGACGCUCUGGAUUAUCUGCAGGCCUUCAUCGAGCAGGUCCGCAAGGCCGGCUACGACAGCACAGAGAGAACGCUCACUGCAUUCUUCGAUGUUCAGAGGGAGCAGUUGCUGCAUUUGGCCACAGAGGGGCAGGAGAACCCUAAACUACAGGAGCUAAAGUUCAUCCUGGAGGAAGAAUAUCGUAAUAACGAUCAAACCCGCACCGUGCUGUUUGUCCGGACAAGAGCCCUCGCUGAUGCUCUGAAAAAGUGGAUAGAUGAGACGGAUUCUCUCAAGUUUUUAAAUCCUGGAGUUUUGAUUGGACGAGGAAGAAAAUCUUCCCAGAUGGUGGGCUCAGGGAUGACGCUGACCAGUCAGAAGGGCGUUCUGGACUCCUUUAAAACUUCUGACCACAUUAAGAUCCUAAUCGCCACCUCCGUUGCUGACGAGGGCAUCGAUAUCCCACAGUGCAACCUGGUGCUCAUGUAUGAGUACGUGGGCAAUGUGGUGAAGAUGGUGCAAGUUCGAGGUCGUGGCAGGGCUGCGGGCAGUAGAUGUUUUCUGAUCUCCAGCAGGAAUGAGCGUAUUGAAAAGGAGAAGCAGAACAUGGAGAGAGAGAAAAUAGUAGAGAAAGCCAUCGUCAGCCUGCAGGCAUCACCUGAGACACUCCAGGCCAAGGUGAAAUUGUUUCAGAGGGAAGACAAGGCCAGUAGAGAUUUUGAGAGCCGAAGUCCAGAGAAGCCUCGGACAGUGGGCAGUUAUAAGCUGCUGUGUGCAAAGUGUAACGCGUUUGCAUGUGUCAGUGAUGAUCUACGAGUGCUGAAGGAGUGCCACCACAUUAUCCUCGAUCACACUGUAUUUAAGCGCUGUGUCACUAACCCUCACCUCAACCCCAGGAGCUUUGAUGGAAUCACUAAAACACAGAAGAUGCUCUGCGCUGAGUGUAAACUGGACUGGGGCAUCAUUGCUUCAUAUCUCAACAUAAAGGAUCUGCCGAUUGUGAAAAUUGAGAGUUUCGUGGUUCAGGACGUCGCCACACAGAGAAAACAUUACUUCAGGAAGUGGCGUGACGUGACAUUUGCCAUGCGAGAAUUCGAGCUGACAGAGAUAACUCCAGAAACGUGGGGGCCGAGAGAAUAGAGACAGUAAUAGAAAGCAAAAAAUACAUAAAAUCACACUUCUUCAAACUAUUAUUACUAUUAUUACUGCAGUGAUGACAUUUAAAGUUUUUUAUAAUGAACCAUACAACGAUACAACAAUGUCUAAUAGAGUGUGUUUUAAAAAUUAAGCAUUUACGACCUUUAAAUGAGAACAACUCCACGAAUUUGAUCUGUUCGAACACACUAAAUUCAUAUGCAGUUUUUUAUGUAAAAUCAUAUGUUUUGAAAACUCCAGUAUGACCUGUUUUAAAUCAUAUAUAGAGAGAGUUUGUUUGUUCGUUUGUUUAUUUACAUGGAAUUCAUUUCUAGAGUCAAAGUCAAUCAUGCACUGCAUUAAUGUACUUCAUUAUGUGAGUUACUGACUGUGUGUUUUACAGAGACUCUUAAAAAUAAAUGUGCCUCAAAAGGCUAUUUGGAGCUAUGCCAUAGAAUAACAUUGGUUCCGUACGGAGCUCUUGUUGGAAAAGCUUUGUUUUAAAGUUUAAAUAACUUUUAGAUGUUGUAAAUGUUCUGGACUAAAUUGUCCUUUAAUUAGAGAUGUGUAGUGACGACAUAGAACUACUUCACUUAUGUCCCUAAGUACUAAAAUUCUGAAUCUGUAUCUACUGUAUUACUUCCUAUUUUUAGUUAGUUUAAUACUUUUACUCUAAUUCAUGUUGCAUCGUUACUUGUUACAGUUAUAAAAAUGUUACGAAUCCUUCCAAACCCAUGGUAGAUGCUCUGCACUGUCACUGGGUUUAAUAAAGCUGCUCAUCACUGAGGGAAUCAAGUGAUCAUGCUUGGGCUGCUCCCGUUCUGCCUUUUGCUCUGCUGCCUGCUUUUAAUAUGAUACAUUUAGUAGCCUUUAUUUGUAAGUGUAUAUUGUGAAGAGUUUGAUCCUGGAUACUAUACUGCAUUAAAUCUAAUCUGCUCAUUAAAUUGUUUUGUGUCUUUA